AGUUGCAGUGAAACGCAUCGACUCAAGAGAGUGGAGGAGAGGAGGAAGGAGGAUGAUGGGAGCGAAAAUAAUCCCCUUUAAGUGACCCAUAUUUUACAGAAGACCUAAAUAUUAUCUAGCCUAGUUCUCGUUCUCGAGGAUUUUUCUCCACCAAGAUGUCGGCGUCGGCGAUAUUUAUCCUCGACCUGAAGGGAAAGGUGCUCAUCUGCCGUAACUACAUGGGGAACAUGGACAUGAACGAGAUCGACCACUUCAUGCCGAUCCUGAUGAAGAGGGAAGAGGACGCUGAGAUGACACCACUGAUCACCCACGGCAACUCACACUUCAUGUGGAUCAAACACAGCAACCUUUACUUGGUGGCGAUGACGAAGAAGAACGCCAACGCUGCCCUGGUGUACUCCUUUCUGUAUAAAAUUGUCCAGGUAUUCAAGGAGUACUUUAAAGAGCUUGAGGAGGAGAGUAUCCGUGACAACUUUGUGACGGUGUACGAGCUGAUGGACGAAGUGAUGGACUUUGGUUUCCCUCAGACAACUGACAGCAAGAUCCUCCAAGAGUACAUCACCCAGCAGGGUCAUAAAUUAGAGGUUGGGGCUCCUCGACCUCCCGCCACCGUCACCAACGCUGUGUCUUGGCGGUCAGAGGGCAUCAAGUACAGGAAGAACGAAGUUUUCAUGGACGUCAUCGAGUCAGUAAAUCUGCUGGUGAAUGCCAAUGGCAGCGUCCUGCGGAGUGAAAUAGUGGGCACCAUCAAGCUCAAAGUGGUCCUCUCAGGGAUGCCUGAGCUCAGACUGGGCCUCAAUGACAAAGUGCUGUUUGAAAUCACAGGAAGAGAGAAGAGUAAGACAGUGGAGCUGGAGGAUGUGAAGUUUCAUCAGUGUGUCCGUCUGUCACGCUUCGAGAACGACCGCACCAUCUCUUUCAUCCCCCCCGACGGCGAGAGCGAGCUCAUGUCCUACCGCCUCAACACUACAGUGAAGCCUCUCAUAUGGAUUGAGAGCGUGAUUGAAAAGUUCUCUCACAGCCGUGUGGAGAUCAAGGUGAAGGCUCGGAGUCAGUUUAAGAGCCGGUCCACUGCCAACAAUGUGUCCAUUCUGGUGCCAGUGCCCAGUGAUGCUGACUCACCCAAGUUCAAGACCAGCACAGGCAGCGCCAAGUGGGUGCCCGAGAAGAACGUGGUGCAGUGGAACAUCAAGUCUUUCCCUGGUGGUAAGGAGUACAUAAUGCGUGCGCACUUUGGGCUACCCAGUGUGGAGAGCGAUGAGCUGGACGCAAAGAGACCAAUCACAGUUAACUUUGAGAUCCCCUAUUUCACCGUGUCUGGGAUCCAGGUUCGUUACCUUAAGAUCAUAGAGAAGAGUGGUUACCAGGCGUUACCGUGGGUGCGCUACAUCACGCAAAGUGGAGAUUACCAGCUCCGGACAAACUAAAGGGCACAGAUGCUGCUAGACGAAUGGAUAUUUUUCUCCCUCUGUCUGUCUUCCUCCCUUCUCUCCUCUCUCUCUCUGUUUCUCCGGCUCCCCGUCUGCAACGGACAGCAGAGGACAGGCGCAGGAGGACACAUGGAAUUGUUCCCCACCCCUGAAUGGAAAGCGAGACAUCGCCCCUUCCUCUCAGACGGGAAAGGCUGUUGCAUCACCUCUGACCUGUGAUUUUUUUAAGGGCUCCUCAGGACUCCAGCAAAACGUUUUAAUAUGUGAAUAAUGAACUGAUAACUUUGUGACAACCGGCCGGCUUCUGGCAAGCUCUCAUUUCCUCACUGUUAAUGUGAUAUCCCUUGAGGUUAAUUCAGAACAAAAUUUGGUGAAGAGACAUUUUGAAUCAAAUUUUACUCAGGAGGAGAAAAAUUUGGAGCAUUUUCUUUUUUGGGGCUUAUUCACUGAGACGUGUAGCUUUCUACUGUGUAACAUGUAAACCAAAAGAUAAUGUAGUGCCAAUAUACAGCAACUGUGAUGGACCAUUGUCAGUUUUUAUUUCUCAAAGGGCCAUAAUAUUGCAGAUUAAUGUUACUAAAUGAGAAGUGUGCCAUGAAGUCAUCAGAUUUUAUUCUCUUUUUUUUUCUCACAAAGUUAUUGCUCAAUGAGGGAUUUUAACUGCUACUCCACAUCUCGGCACAUCUGUCAGCAUUUUUAAUUGUAAAAGGUUUUUAUUCCUCAUAUGUUUCGUCCUUUAUAACCACUCUAUGAUCCAUACGCAGUACAUUUUAACUGUGCUGUUAAUCUUCAUCCCUCUCAAAGGCAUGUUUUGCUGGAACCUCUAUAUUAUAUAUUCAUUGCCUUAAAAAAUUGCCUAUGUAUCAUCACCUUUAGCACUGUGAACAUAAUCCCCAGUGCACCGAAACUAAUACCAGCGACCAGAUCAAUGAUUAAUAAGGCACAAUAUUGUCAGAGGCGUUGGCUGUGUAACAUAAUACCGUCGACGCGCUCCCACGGGGCCUGUAACCUUGUCCUUGUGCUUGAAAUCAGCUUGCAGCUUUGAGACUGGAGGAAUGAGCACGGUGCAGAAUUGUUUUUGUCAUAUUUCUAUCUGUUGUUUAUACUGUACUAGUUAGUCCCCUGUGGAAAAUAGUUUGAAGGACAGAACAGGGGGUUGAGGAGGAGGGGAGCAGGACAAAGGUAAAAUAACCUGCAGGGAUUUCUUUGCAGAAUCUGAGAAUAUCGACAAUAUGUUGAGGUAAUUGUUUUUCCAUGACUCGUUAUUUUAUUAUUACUUUUUUUAUGUGUCGACCUCUGCAGGCCCGUAUACCACUUCAAAGCAGUUUGUGGUGUGAUUCACUUCCUCUGUUGUGCAUGCAUUGCACCACAUCAGUUGAGCUGCACUGCCAACAGCAAAGAAGAGAGUCCUGUGUCGAUUUAUUGCAUCUCUGCUGUUAAGUACAAAACCUUCUACUACAAUCAUUCCAUGUUCUUGUGUGGGGACUUUUUCUCUGACACCAAUGAGGAUUGUUAAUAUGCGUGUGUGUGUGUGUUAAUUUAUCGACUACUAUUUGUCAAUAGGAAGCAAAGGGAUAUAUUUGGAAAUAAAUUUUUUUUGUAUCUUG